CAUAUGGUAUUCAUGGGCAGCAAGCCAGAUUCGGCGGAGAAUGUCUUCUUUGCGCAUGUGGAAAAAAACGGCGGCGAAUGCUCCUCAUCAAUCUUCAGCGAGGACACGCUUUUCUCCUUACUGUGAACACUUGGAUUCGAGUCUAGAAUACUUAAUGUUCUCUCUGAAGCAUCCGUUGAUGGUGCAGGAGACGAUGGAACGUGCCCGCGCUCUCGUGGACUCUGAGUUUCAGCAGAAGGUGCAAAAUGAUGUAUUUCGUCGCAACCAGCUGCUCGCCAGUCUGGCCACCGAUGGCUAUCCGCAUGGCUCCUUUAACUGGGGUAACAUGAAAUCGCUUAAGGAUAAAGUCGAUGACAGUGCCCUGCACAGAGCCCUUCACGAUGCCUGGCGCGAUAACUAUGCGGCCAAUCGCAUGUACGUGUGCCUGCAGGGUAUCAUGCCUAUCGAUGUGCUAGAGAACAUGGUGGUACGCCACUUUUCCAAGCUGCUCCGCAAUGACAUCAAGGCGCCCGACCUGACCAAGUUCGAUUACCGCAACGCCUUCCGUCCGGCGUUCCACGAGCAAGUCUUCCUCGUGAAGGCCGUGGAGAAAUGGCGCAAGUUUGAGCUAACCUGGGUGCUUCCUAACAUGCGUCAGUACUAUCACAGCAAUCCGGAUAAGUUUCUCUCCUACCUGAUCGAGUACAAGGGAAACGGUAGUCUCUACGCCUACCUGGAGCGCCGCCACUGGGCCCACCAUCUCCAUGCUGGCAUAGACGAGACCGGCUUCAAUCUACACUCAAUGCACUCAUUUUUUAAAGUGGACAUUGGCCUCACCGACGAGGGAUUUCAGCACAUCGAUCAGGUUCUGUCCGCCACCUUUGCCUAUUUGAAGGUCUUCUCCAACUGUUCCAGCGGUUCCUUGCGUCAGUUGUACGAACAGCAGCAGAAGAGUAAGGUCGCAGAGUUUCGUCUCCCUGACCGUAUCUAUAAACACGAUGUCGAUGAACUGGUCUUCAAAAGCAAAUACUAUCCCCCCAAGGAUAUACUCACCGCCAGGGAGCUCUACUUCGACACCGACGAGCAGCACCUGUCCGAACUGAUCGGCCACCUGAACAGUUUUAAAUUCAAUCUAAUGAUUACCUCGCAAGAGCCGUACGAGGGCAUGCCAUACGACAAGCGGGAGGAGUGGUUCGGCACCGAGUACACCACUUUACCGAUGCCAGCAAAGUGGAAGAAGCUGUGGAUCGAAUCAGAGCCCAUUGAUGAGCUCUUUCUACCCGAAGCCAAUCCCUUUGUGGCCCACGACUUCAAGAUAUUCUGGAAUGAGCAGGGCAAGCCCACGCUGCCACCUUACCCCAAGAGGUUGGUAAAGACAGACACCUGCGAGCUGUGGUUCCGACAGGAUGACAAAUUUGGGAAGCCGCAGGCCUACUUAUGCUUCUUUUUCAUCACGCCGCUGCUGAGUCAGAGUGCGAAGAACGCUGCUAUGUGCGACUUGUACGUUUCAUUGGUGAAAGCGCACGUGCACAAGGAAAUGGCUCUCGCCGAAAAGGCAAAUCUCACCUACUGCUUCAUGGUUUACGACAAUGGUUUGCGGCUAUUUGUGAAGGGCUACAAUGAAAAGCUCCAUCUGAUUGUGGAGGCCAUUGCCGAAGGUAUGGUCAGUGUGGGCGCCACCCUCUGUGAAUGUUUACUCACCACCUGCCUCAAGAUGCUGGGCGAAUCCUACUUAGAACUACUGAAAUGUCCAUCCCAGUUAGCAACGGACAUCCUCGCCCGUGUGCUUGGAGAAAAUCCAUGGGCCACAAUUGACCAGUACAAGUUCCUUAAAGACAUCACCAUGGAGGAUUUCAAGGUGUUUGCCCAGAAGUUACCGCAAGAGAUGUACAUCAAGGCCCUCGUACAGGGAAACUACACGGAGGAGUCAGCCCACAAGGUGCUUAAUUCGGUACUCAGCCGGUUGAAAUGCGAGCCCAUUAAAGAUCAUAGGCUCGUAGAGAAUCGCAUCGUAAAGCUUCCGCAGCACCGCCCAGUCUUCUGCUGCGAAACCGCCUGCCACCACACUACAACCACUAAUAUCAACAACUUCUACCAAGUCGGAGAAAACUCUUUACGCGUGGAGGCCAUACUCGACCUCUUGAAUACGUUGUUCAAUAGCCCGGACUUGUAUCUCAAGAAAGUCGGCGAAGGGAUUAAUGGCUGGGUCCACGUCAAAAACGGCAUUGUCGGCUAUACCCUUACGGUAAACUUGAAGGAGACUUUUGAAGAGGACAGCGCCAAACAAAUGCAGAACGAGAUUGAGGUAUUUCGCUGUAAGGUUUGUAUGAUUCCCAUGCAAAUGGAUGCCAAAUGCUUUGCAUCCUGGGUAGACGACCUUCUCCAUUUGGGAGUUGCCCCUGCACAUACUCUGUUGGAUGAGGUGGCAGACAAUUUUCGCGAGAUCAUCGGCGGGGACUAUAUCUUCGGUCGUAGACAGAAGAAGGCCGAUGUGUUGCGCACUCUAACCAAAUCGGAUGUCACUCGCUUCCUAUUCGAUACCGAUUGGCGCGAACUGUCUAUUCAAGUCAUAGGACACCAACCGUCAGAUACAGUAGACGAAGAGGAAGACGAUGUCGAAGACGAAGGGGAGGACGAAGACGAAUACGAAGAGGAGGACGAUGUCGAAGAGGAAGACGAUGUCGAAUACGAAAUGGAAUACGAACACGAAUUAGAAGUCAUGAACAGUGUCAUUGCCGAAUUCAGAAGCGGUCUCGAGAUUUACCCAAAGCGCUCUGUAGAACCAUGUGCUGAAGGAAACUAGACGUACCGCAGCCGUCGCCGAUUUUCUAUGGCAGAAUUAAGAUUUGCAGAACAAAGAUUUGCAUACAACCCAGUCAAAUCCGUCUACGGAUGAAUUUCUAAUUUUUUUUUUUUGAAUUUAAUUUCCCAUACAUUUAUCAUUAACUUCACAUAUGGAUAUACAUAGAUGAAUUUCUAAGUUUAGUUCAAUAUUAAUAUUACAAGAAAAUUACAAGAAUAUAAUCAUCAUCUUCACAUAUGGAUAUAGACUUGCGAAAUGUCGUAUCUGUCUGAUCGUCUUACAAAUCUUACAAAUCUUACAUAGAUGUGUUUCCCGUCGACAAGAUCCUGAAAUCAGAGAAGCUGACAGCUGCAAACGGCGGUGACCAGUAAGUGUGGGUUAGUCUGCUGAGCUCUGAGAACAUGUUCCUUUAAAUGUAAUUUGUAAUUUUGAUCAACUAAAUGUAUAAUAAAUCUCCUACGCCACAAACAA